AAGAAACAGAGAGAGCAAGAAGAAGAAGAAGAAGAAGAAGAACAAUGAAGCUUGCACUUCCCUUAUCCUCUCUUCUCCUUGUCGUUCUUCUUCUUCAUCAUUGUCCAAGACCCACUUCUGCUUCCGAAAAGUCGUAUGUUGUCUACUUCGGAGGUCACUCCCAUGGCGAUGAGAUUACGCCAGACGUCGUGGAUCGUGUCAGAGAGUCCCAUUACGAGUUUCUUGGAUCAUUCACCGGGAGCCGUGAACGAGCCAAAGACGAAAUCUUCUACUCGUACACAAAGCACAUCAAUGGCUUCGCUGCUCAUCUCGACGACGCCACCGUCUCUGCAAUCUCCAAGCACCCAAAAGUGCUAUCCGUGUUUCCAAACAGGGGGUUGAAGCUUCACACGACUCGUUCAUGGGACUUCAUGGGACUCGAACACGAUGGGUUCACUCCUUCAUCUUCCAUUUGGACCAAAGCCAGAUUCGGAGAAGAUUCCAUUAUCGCAAAUCUCGAUACGGGUGUAUGGCCUGAAUCCAAAAGCUUUAGUGAUGAUGAAGGUUUGGGACCAAUUCCCUCAAGGUGGAAAGGAAUAUGUCAAAAUGACAAAGAUGCCACUUUCCACUGCAAUAGGAAGCUGAUCGGAGCUCGGUACUUCCACAAGGGCUACUCCGCGGCCGUGGGUCGCCUCAACGCCACCUUCGACUCGCCGCGCGACCUCGACGGCCACGGCUCCCACACACUCUCCACCGCCGGCGGCGCGUUUGUACCACGCGCCUCCGUCUUCGGCUUCGGCAACGGCACCGCCAAGGGAGGCUCCCCACGCGCUCGCGUCGCCGCCUACAAGGUCUGCUGGCCUCCGGUGAAGGGUAAUGAGUGCUACGACGCCGACGUCCUUGCCGCCUUCGAUGCCGCUAUCCACGACGGAGCCGAUGUCAUCUCCGUCUCCCUCGGCGGCGAGCCUUCUCCGUUCUUCAACGACAGCGUCGCGAUCGGGUCUUUCCACGCCGUGAGGAGAGGGGUUGUGGUCGUUUGCUCCGCCGGGAACUCGGGGCCGGAGGAUGGGACGGCGGCGAACCUCGCGCCGUGGCAGAUCACCGUCGGAGCGAGCACCAUGGAUCGCGAGUUCGCAAGUCAUCUUGUGCUUGGCAAUAAGAAGCAUUUCAAGGGACAAAGUCUAUCAUCCUCCGCAUUGCAACAUGCGAAAUUCUACCCGAUAAUCUCAGCUUCUACGGCCAAAGCGAAGAACACUUCGUCUUCUGAUGCGCAAUUGUGCAAGCUCGGAUCUCUAGACCCAGUAAAGGCAAAGGGGAAGAUAUUAGUGUGCCUGAGAGGUUUGAAUGGGAGGGUCGAAAAGGGUCAGACAGUGGCUCUAGCCGGCGGUGUAGGGAUGGUUCUCGUGAAUACAAACGUAAUGGGGAAUGAUCUAACCGCUGAUGCACACGUUCUCCCAGCAACACACAUCACUUACAAGGACGGUGUCUCCCUAUCAAGAUAUCUGAGCCAAACUCAAAACCCAGUGGCUCACAUUACGCCUCCAAGGACCAUUUUGGGAACGAAACCCGCACCAGUUGUGGCGGCAUUCUCAUCCAAGGGACCAAACAUCGUGACUCCCGAGAUUCUAAAGCCUGACAUAAUUGCGCCUGGAGUGAGUGUUAUAGCUGCCUAUACGGAAGCCGUGUCUCCCACGAAUGAGGAGUUUGAUGAACGACGGGUUAUGUUCAACGCUGUCUCGGGAACUUCCAUGUCUUGUCCUCACAUCUCCGGCAUUGUCGGUCUUCUCAAGACCCUCUAUCCUUCUUGGAGUCCCGCUGCUAUCCAUUCAGCUAUCAUGACUACCGCAACAACAAUGGAUGACAUCCCGGGACCGAUAAGGAACGCAACCGACAUGACGGCAACUCCCUUUAGCUACGGAGCAGGUCACGUCCGACCAAACCUGGCUAUGGAUCCCGGUCUAGUCUAUGACUUAACCAUCAAAGACUACCUCAACUUCCUCUGUUCCCUCGGAUACAACUCAACACAAAUGUCCGUCUUCUCGGGCAAAAGCUUCGCUUGUCCAAACCCUAAACCCAGCGCCCUCGACCUCAACUACCCAUCCAUCACAGUUCCAAACCUCUCCAGCGUUGUCACCGUAAAACGGACCCUCAAGAACGUCGGGAAACCAGGUACGUAUGCUGUGCACGUCACAAACCCUAAGGGCGUUUCGGUUUCGGUUAAGCCAAAGGGCCUGAAAUUCACCAAAGAUGGCGAGGAGAAGAGCUUUAGGGUGACCCUUGUGAAGAAGGGCAAUGGGGACGUGGCGAAGGGCUAUGGCUUUGGAGAGUUGGUUUGGUCGGACAAGGAGCACUACGUGAGGAGUCCUAUUGUGGUGAGGACUUGAAGAAAUUAGUGCCUAAGAUGAUUUGAUUAACCAAAUUUAAUUUCGGGUUUUUAUUAUGAAUUUUAGAGCCUAAUAAACAUAUGGCAUUAUUGUAAUUUUACGUUAUUAAUAUGUAUUCACCAUUCCUCUCAACAUUGUAAUGUUGUGCUUAUCAGAACAACAAUAAAAAGCACAACGAAGAUGGAGUUCUUCCCUUUUUUUUUCACC